UGUGGUAACUAUGGCCCAAUACAAUAAACCCUCCUGUGACCGGAUAUACUCUCCACUUCCGGUAAAGUGAAUUACCGGAAGUGAGCGGGUGACGCGGCGAGGUAUAUAUUUUGAUAUAAAUGCCGACGUCGACGCUUGGAAUAAAACGGAACAUUUUUGACAUGAUAUAAAGUUUCUAGAUGCUUAUUUAAAAAGUUCACGUUGCUUUAUCUCAAACCGCAUUUGUGGUCAGCCCUUUAUGUUCGAACAAUGCACUUAUGUAAAUUGGGGAACAGUAUGACAAGAGAGCUCAGACAUAUAUGUUCAUUUUGACGUGUGUUGAGUAUCAUAUUUCAAUUUUUAUUCGUGAACGUGUUUCGUAAAGGUAAGUGAACGCCUUCUCUAUAGAAAUGAACACGCUAUGUGUCUAAAAGUGUGUUUAUUACCUUCACAAUUCGUUGUUUGAAUCGUUAUAUGGAUAUAAAUGAGUUCAAUGUGUAUUUUAUAGGAUUGUCGAAACGAGAAGUCAUGGGCCGGCGAAGUUUGGUCGCUUCGAAAUUUGUUUUGUUUUUAGCCGUUUAUCUCGGCCUGUUAUGCCCAAUUUACGCACAGAAUGGUACGAAUAGCACAACCGCCAACAACACUUUAUUUUCAAAGAGAAAAAACCUCACGAAAAUUGAGUCCGUGAGUUGUGAAUGGGCUGAUGUUAGACCGUCGUACUCCAUAAUCGCGGCUGUUAUAAGUGGAUUUCUUAUACUUGACGGAGCCGUACUGUGUUCGAUUGGUGAGUAUCAAAAAAAAUUCAUUACAUCUCUUUAACGUAUAGUUCCAAAUUUAAUAUCGUGCUGUUAAUGUAACUAUUAUUAAAUCGACUAGUUUGCAACAAUUCGGUUUCUUAAAGGUGGCUUUAAAUUAUGUCAGCAAUUUGGGCUAAUAUUGUACGCUAUCACACUUGAGCUUCGGACAGGUAUGUUAUACAGACGCCAAAAUAUUAUAUGUGCCGUCGUAUAUAUUUAUAGCACCUGUAAAAUAUAUUGUUCGAGGGAAUAUUUGCUUAGUUUAAAUAAGUUUUGAUAAGAAAGUUAAUAUCGUUAGCGGUUUCGAAUAGGUUUUAUACAAUAUUAAAUUUCUGAGACUUAUUAAAAAGUCUUAAAACGGUUGCGUGACUUGCGUCAAGCUUGACUCCAAAAGUUUUGUUUUUAAAUUUUUGUUCACACAAUUCUGAUCAAAGCAUGCUUGUAUGUUGUGAAAUAGCAAUUGCCAUUUACUUUAUAUUGCAUAACUUGUAAUAGUGUUGCAAUGAAGGAACAAUUAUAGAAUAUCUGUGGCCAAUUUAAAGCUCAAUACUGUUCUAAUGAUAGAAAUAGUAAUAUUGUAGUAGCAGUAGAAAAGAUAAAUUUCAAGUUGUAUAAUGCCUAGCCCUUAUCCAAACUCUUCCGUAAACUCGGACCUACCUAUUCAACUAAAUUUGAUUACAUAUAGCCAUGUCCAGAGCCUGAAAUAACGGUCAGACAGUCUCCGACCAAAUUACAGUUUUUCUGAUCAAAUGCCAAAAUGAUCAGCCAUUUUGUCUGGACAAAAAAAGAUGGCAGUCAGUUUUCAUAAAAGAAUAGGUUAACUGUAAUCCUGUGUUUAACCAUCUCGCAGAGAAUACACACACAAAAAAUACACACUUGUCAAAUUUAAAAGCAUUUAAACAACAUUUUAUAUAGUGUCUAGCAUAAAGUAUUAUUUAUUGACAGACAGCUGUAUGUGAUCUGAGAGAUACAACUACAUGAAAAAUAUAAACAAAACUUCGGCAUUUCAAGAGAAGGUGCUUUGUCAGGACUUUAGUAGCUCCUGACGUGAUUUACCUAAAAGACGUAGGAUGUCUAUUAUGAAAUCAAACAAAUUUCCGACAAUGUCAGGUCAGAGCCAUCAUCAUGGAAACAUGAUACCAUUGUCAACAUAGAGUUUACUCAAGUGGGAUUUGAACUUGCAUAUUUAGCAAAUAGGACAGUCCUGCUGAACAAAUUGAAUUAUCGAGUCAACUGGAGGGAGCACAUUAGUUCAAAUCCAUAUUUAAGAGCAUUUAAUUUUUCCUCAAUCUGUCCGAGGUAGUUCUCAGUCCAAAACAAAGACUGUGUUAAUUCUAAGAUUAUAAUUUUGUACGGUCUGUUAGGGGGUGUUUAUAUGGAGACGAGCCAACCCGGAUACCCAUGCUACCUCACUUUGCCAAGCUAUUCCCAUGUUGACAUGAGAUUUUUGAGGCGGUUGGCUUGCCAAAACAAACCACUGGUCUCACCGCUACAAAUAGUAUACUAUAAACAUAUUUUUUACGAACCUGUAAUUCGCACUUCUGUGAGCAACCUUCACGGAUAUAACCCACAAAGAUGUUUUAAUAAGAUUGAAAUCGGUUGAAAAACAACCCACUUUGGUGAGUCAGCCUUCAUGCAUUUAUAUGGGAAAUUCCCAGUCCUGUAACCUGCGAUCUCGGGUCAAUCGAGGCAGAUCUCGCUUGGGCAGGCCAGCAUGGUUCCCAUAUAAAUGCAAAAGGAAUGUAGUAAGAAAUAACAAAGGCAGGAUCUCGCCUAAACCAGGCCAGCUUGGGUACCCGGGCUGGCUUGCCUUACAUAAAAACCCCCUUAGGUAGCGAUAAUAACAAGACAGGCAGACAGCUGUAGAUUGAGAGAGAUAUAACUACCUACAAAAUAUAUGUACAAUCAAAACAUUGAUUCCGAAACAAGAUUUGAAUUGUAAUGAAAUUGAUAAUAUAAUGAUUAUUUUCGGUUUGUUUAUAAAAGAUUCAGAAACAACAGGAGGAGAGAAAUAUGUUUUCUAUUCCAUUGGAUUACUGGGCUAAUGUGUUACUGGUCUAAUGUGAUGUCCUGAGUAACUAAGUUUUUAAUACAGUAUCCAUAUAUCAGGAUACAGCAAAUUUCAAGCCUUCGUUAACUAUUGUCAAUAAUUGUUAAUGAGGGGCAAGUAGAUGGGACUUGCCACCUUGAAGGGGAUGUUUUUGAGCCUGGGUUAACUUCACAGUGGGAUGUACUGUGGAUCAAAAUUAUUCAGGUUGGGGGCAUUUCGCUUUAAAAAUGUGGUGGGAUUUUUAAGUUUUGAAGAAUCAUGAUUCCAACUUCCAUGGGUGAAUUCUGUUUUAAGUGCCUGAUUUUUCUGGAUUUUCAAAGGAUUUAUAUAUGUACUUAUUAGUGUGCAGGAUUUUUGGAAUGAAUUCAGGCCCUUAGAAAUAUCUUUUACAGUGCCGUCUGACAAAAUGUCCAGUGACUUUGAAUUUGGGUCGGACAAUAUAUGUAUGAUGAAUUGUCCAGUCUGCCUUCAAAAUAGUCUGGCUUUAGUCUGGCUUGGAAAUAAAUCUGAAUAACACAAAUUAACAUCAGCACAUUGAUUAUGUAUUAAUUUUGAAUUAUGGUAAUUGUUGUGAAAUUAAUCAUUUGUGCCAAUUUCUUAUUUCCAAACCAAAAUUAACUUUCUUGCCAAUAACAGCAGUACUAAGACUUUGAUAACUUCAGGGUCGCUUUCCACUUCACCAUUUCGCUUGCCACUUGGAAAUGUUGCUGUGCUGCUUAUGAAAUUUUGUUGUUAUUUUCUAACUUUUGCUUGUCACUUGCUGUUACAAUUUAGACAAACAUAUUUUACCCCAAUGUGCCCUACUUUGAUCAACUUUGUCAUAGUGUCAGAGUUUCUGGGUAAUGAUGUCAUUAGAUGAAUUUUGAAGCCAGUAAAACAAAGGAAAAGUAUUCAGUGCAAUUUAUCUAAUGACAUGAAAUUUUGACAGUGAAGAAGUUGGUCAGGUUGAGGUUUUUUACUAUAAAGAUAUAUUACAUUUCUUUUUAAAAUAACCUAUUAACCCUUUAAGUUGCAAUGCACAAGGAUGCACCCUACUUUAGUAUUUUAUUCUGUCUAACGCUAGACGAUUUUACUUGUCAAGUGGAGAGUGCCGCCACUCAAUGGGUUAAUGUGUGUGCUAUAACUUUAUUUCAGGGUACAAACAAGAAAGAACAUCGUUUAGUUUGCUUGGCUUUACAAUUGCUGGUCUUGUUGGAUAUGCUAUUGUUGAAUACAAGUUUGACUACAGUUUGGGAAUACAGCUGCUCAUAACAGGCUCGAUUGCUUUAUUUGUCUCUAUACUUUGUUCAAGUGUUAUGUACUGUGGGAUCUUUCUAACCGGCCUAGCCACUGGCUUUUGUUUAGGCUCUGUGGUUAUUGUUAUAAUCACAGAGAUUCAUACCUUCGGCUCGUUUGCCGAGCCCAUCUUGAUUCUAAUGGGUCUCGGCAUUGCCUUUGCGAGCGCCUCGCUUUGGUGGAAACGGACAUUUGUUAUACUUGGUACUUCGAUUGUGGGCGGGGCAUUCGUAAUGGGCGGGAUGGAUUAUUAUGUUGAAGGAUUUUUAUUCGUUGAGUAUGUUCAACAUAUAAUUUACGGACAGGAAUUUCGAAAGCUUUGCUACUUUUCGUGGAUUGUCUUCAGUAUUUUUCCAGUUGUGGCAAUUGCAGGUUUGCUGAUUCAGCAUUUUAAAACGGCAAAGCUCAACAAGAGGCAGAAGUCUUCAAGUACUCAAGCACUGGCAAUGAAUAGACUCUCAGAGACUUCACAUCAAUAUCGGGUGUGAAAAUCAGAGGUGAAUAAUGUCAAUACCCAAAGAUAAACAUAUGCCCCCUUUUAAACUGUUCUUGCCCAAUAAUACUACUUACAUGAAAUUUCACAGUACAUGCCUGGCUAGGGGUUUAAUGUAUGUUGGUAUUUUAACCAUUUUGGUAUACAGUAUUUUAUUGUUAAUUAAAAUAGGUUGAAAUGUGGGUAUAAAAUAUCCUACAUAUACCCAAGAUUAAGUACUCCGACAAACAGACGUAGCCUGGAAUUUUAGGUAUACAGUGUAUUUUGAGCCAGUAUUAUUGAGUACCGUAUUUACUCGUUUAAGCGCCGCGGCGCUCUUUAAAUUUUCAGAGCUUCAGAUGCGGCGCUCAAUCGGGGGCGGCGCUCUUUAAAAAAGAUUUUAUUUGUGAAUUAUAACAAGAACUUUUAACAAUGAAAUAAACAAGUUUUAAAUGUCUUUGUCACAAAAUGUCCCCAUUUUGACCGGGGACAGUUUUUACACUGUUUAGUGCGGCGCUCAUUCGGGGGCGGCGCUCUUUAAAAAAAUUUGAUCUCAAAUGCGGCGCUCAUUCGGGGGCGGCGCUCAAUCGAGUAAAUACGGUAUAUUUGUAUUCUGGUAACACCCCCCCCGUUAGCUGGGCUUGAACAAUAAGCUUCUCGAACACAACAGUAAAACUAAAAUCCUGCAUAUAAGAACCUACCAUUUCUCCAGGUUAGGGACAGGAUGAAUUGGUUCUUAUAUUUCGCUCAGAAUUAUUAAACUGUAAAAAUUAGGUACACUUUCGCUUUUUAGAACCAAUAUACUUACGGGAAGGAAAAAUAAGGGAAGCAAAAAGAAAUUUGCCCAACUUUUUUGCAUUUCGCCUGGCCUAUCCAAAAAUAUUUCUGUGCACAAUUCCCAAAAUUCAGGCUGUAGCUUUGUAAUCUGCUAGCUUCUCUUAUAUGCAGGAUUUUAUUGCUGUACCCUUCAUAAUUUUAGGUGGGUACUUUAACUUUUGGAGUUGAAUUAUUAGAGAUCAUAUCCCAGAUAUAAUAUAUUAAGAGCUAUAUAACUGAUCCUUGAUUUAGUUGGGACCUGAGUAUUUAUAACUUAAUUGUGGUUAAUAAUUGAUGGUAUAAAGGUUGUAUAUUAAAAGCCAAUAGAAUUUUAAAGGUGAUCUACAGUCCGUAUGUAAACAAAGCCUUUGUUUACAUUUUUGUGUCCAAAAUAUUGAGCUUUAUUCGACAACUAUUUAUAUUUUCGAGCUUCUAGAGUAUAAUAAAUGAUCAAGAAACAACAAUCAGGCUUUUCAAGAACUCAAAACAUAGUUAAACUGUUUGUAUCAUAAAAAGUGGGCUCAUUUGUGCACAUGCGCAGAUCGGACUGUAGAUCACCUUUAAUGAAUAUAUCCACGUAAUAUAGAAACUUUAUAGGGGAACUGAUUUCACAUACAAUUUAUGCAUACAUGACCAUACUUGUCUGUGAUGUCUUUUAACUGAGAAUUUUUUUAAUUCUGUAAUAUAUUUUUCACGUUAAAUUUGAUAUAUUGGUAAUGUUACUAUACAUUCAAUUUUAUUGUGAACUUUGUAUAUUAUGUGAUUAUGGUAUUAUUAAUAUAUUUCCAUAGGCAUAGAAUUUUUAUUUCCACCUUGUCCUUGUAUAUUUUUUGCACAUGCAUUCUACAGUUACAGGGCUAACCAGGUUGGGUAAAGUUCAUUUGAUAGAG